AUGAACAUGCAUGUUCUUGUUCUAAGGCUCCUCGUGAUUCUUGGUUUCAUACAAUCACAAGCAGCUUUGGUUCACUAUACUUUCGUGGUUCAAGAAAACAACUACACAAGGCUAUGCAGCAGCAAGAACAUUUUGACAGUUAAUGGACAAUAUCCUGGUCCGACUAUUUCUGCUCGUAGAGGCGACACGGUCAUCGUCGAUGUUAUCAACCAAGCCACCCAGAAUAUAACUAUUCAUUGGCAUGGAGUGAAACAACCUAGAUAUCCAUGGUCUGAUGGGCCAGAGUUUAUCACGCAAUGCCCAAUUCAACCUGGUACCCAUUUUAGCCAAAAGAUUAUUCUUUUUGACGAGGAAGGCACAUUAUGGUGGCAUGCACACAGCGAUUGGUCUCGAGCCACCGUACAUGGUUUACUAGUCGUCUCUCCCAAAAUUGGGACUACUUUUCCGUUUCCUAAAACUCAAAURGACCAAAAUCAAGGCAACACCAUCGCACUUAUUUGA